GAUACUCUCCAGGCGCCUGUCACAUGAGCCGUGCGCCGGCUCCGCUCCCCCUCCUCCCCAGCUGGGCUGUGUGAAUGAAGCUCUGCCGGCUACGUGGGGCGCUAGUUCAACUUGGUGUCCUGGACGCCAGAGCAGACCGAGCGCGUUGCCCACCGGCAGCGGACACGGGCACAGCGGCUCCUGACCUUAGUGACAGAACAAAUCAGUUGCCUGGAGUUCCAAGUGAAGUUGUGCGUCUGCUCGUGUGAUAACGUCAGUGGAAGCUGCCCCGAAUUUGGAGCUUUAGCAUCUUGCAGAAAGGACCACACAACUGCAUUUCUAUCAACUCUCCCUACAAAACUGAGGGGCUCUGGGAAACUGAGCCUGUGUGACCCCAGCCUGGGAGAAGAUAGUAUCAAGAUGGCCAUGUGGCAGGGAGCAAUGGAUAACAGAGGCUUUCGGCAGGGGAGUUUUAGCAGCUUCCGCAGCAGCUCCAGUGAUGAGGACUUGAUGGACAUUCCAGGGACAGCUAUGGAUUUCUCCAUGAGAGAUGAUGUUCCUCCCUUAGACCGAGAAGUAGAAGAGGACAAGUCAUACAAUGGUGGAGGAAUAGGUUCUUCAUAUAGAAUCAUGGACUUCUUGGAGGAGCCAAUUCCUGGUGUAGGGACCUAUGAUGAUUUCAAUACAAUUGAUUGGGUGAGAGAGAAGUCUCGAGACCGGGAUAGGCACCGAGAGAUUACCAAUAAAAGCAAAGAGUCAACAUGGGCCUUAAUUCACAGUGUGAGUGAUGCUUUUUCUGGCUGGUUGUUGAUGCUCCUUAUUGGGCUUUUAUCAGGUUCUUUAGCUGGUUUGAUAGACAUCUCUGCUCACUGGAUGACAGACUUAAAAGAAGGUAUAUGCACAGGGGGAUUUUGGUUUAACCAUGAGCAUUGUUGCUGGAACUCUGAACAUGUUACCUUUGAAGACAGAGACAAAUGCCCAGAGUGGAAUAGCUGGUCCCAGCUUAUCAUCAGCACGGAUGAGGGAGCCUUUGCCUACAUAGUCAAUUAUUUCCUGUACGUCCUCUGGGCUCUUCUGUUUGCCUUCCUUGCCGUAUCUCUUGUCAAGGUGUUCGCUCCUUAUGCCUGUGGCUCUGGAAUCCCUGAGAUAAAAACUAUCUUGAGUGGUUUCAUUAUUAGGGGCUAUUUGGGUAAGUGGACCCUGGUUAUCAAAACCAUCACUUUGGUGCUGGCAGUGUCAUCUGGCUUGAGCCUGGGCAAAGAGGGCCCCCUAGUGCACGUGGCUUGCUGCUGUGGGAACAUCCUAUGCCACUGCUUCAACAAAUACAGAAAGAAUGAAGCCAAGCGCAGAGAGGUCUUGUCAGCUGCAGCAGCAGCUGGUGUAUCUGUAGCCUUUGGGGCACCUAUUGGCGGAGUAUUAUUCAGCCUUGAAGAGGUCAGCUACUAUUUUCCCCUCAAAACAUUAUGGCGUUCCUUCUUUGCUGCCUUGGUGGCAGCAUUUACUCUGCGCUCCAUCAAUCCUUUUGGGAACAGCCGCCUGGUUCUGUUUUAUGUGGAGUUUCACACCCCAUGGCAUCUCUUUGAGCUUGUGCCAUUCAUCUUACUGGGCAUAUUUGGUGGUUUGUGGGGAGCUCUGUUUAUUCGCACAAACAUUGCUUGGUGUCGGAAGCGAAAGACCACUCAGUUGGGCAAGUAUCCUGUCGUAGAGGUACUUGUCGUGACAGCCAUCACUGCCAUCCUGGCUUUUCCCAAUGAAUACACCCGUAUGAGUACAAGCGAGCUCAUUUCUGAGCUGUUUAAUGACUGUGGCCUUCUGGACUCCUCCAAGCUCUGUGAUUAUGAGAACCGCUUCAACACAAGCAAGGGGGGUGAACUGCCUGACAGACCAGCUGGCAUGGGAGUCUACAGUGCAAUGUGGCAGCUGGCUUUGACACUCAUACUGAAAAUUGUCAUUACUAUAUUCACCUUUGGCAUGAAGAUCCCUUCUGGCCUCUUUAUCCCUAGCAUGGCUGUUGGUGCUAUAGCAGGUCGACUUCUAGGAGUAGGAAUGGAACAACUGGCUUAUUACCACCAUGACUGGGCCAUCUUCAAUAGCUGGUGUAGUCAGGGAGCUGAUUGCAUCACCCCUGGCCUUUAUGCAAUGGUUGGGGCUGCAGCCUGCUUAGGUGGGGUAACUCGGAUGACUGUUUCUCUUGUUGUCAUAAUGUUUGAACUGACUGGUGGCUUGGAAUACAUCGUGCCUCUGAUGGCUGCAGCCAUGACAAGCAAGUGGGUGGCAGAUGCUCUUGGGCGAGAGGGCAUCUAUGAUGCCCAUAUCCGUCUCAAUGGAUACCCCUUUCUUGAAGCCAAAGAAGAGUUUGCUCAUAAGACCCUGGCAAUGGAUGUGAUGAAACCCCGGAGAAAUGAUCCUUUGUUGACUGUCCUUACUCAAGACAGUAUGACUGUGGAAGAUGUAGAGACCAUAAUCAGUGAAACUACAUACAGUGGCUUUCCAGUGGUGGUGUCCCGGGAGUCCCAAAGACUUGUAGGCUUUGUCCUCCGAAGAGAUCUCAUUAUUUCAAUUGAAAAUGCCCGAAAGAAACAGGAUGGGGUUGUGAGCACUUCCAUCAUUUACUUCACUGAGCAUUCUCCUCCAAUGCCACCAUAUACUCCACCCACUCUGAAGCUUCGGAACAUCCUGGAUCUCAGCCCCUUCACUGUGACUGACCUUACACCCAUGGAGAUCGUAGUGGAUAUCUUCCGCAAGCUGGGACUGCGGCAGUGCCUGGUUACCCACAACGGGCGAUUGCUUGGAAUCAUUACCAAAAAGGAUGUGUUAAAGCAUAUAGCACAGAUGGCGAACCAAGAUCCUGAUUCCAUUCUCUUCAACUAGAAUCAUAGGGUUGCUCUGGAUAUGAAACAGGAAGGACAUUGCAGACCAUGGAUAUAUUUUGUUAACUGGGUACCCAAAACACAUUUCCCAUAUUUGGAUGGUGAAGUCAUAUUGUGUGUUGUCUCUUUCCUACAAGUCAACCAGUUGCACUACAUAAUCUCUGGAAAUUAAUCUUCUCCUUAGGAGAAAAUACAGUUAGGCUUCUGUGAUAUUGCAUUAGAAAGAUUUCAUGAAAGAGUAAACAAGAUUGCUAUGGUUUAAUUCUAUUUGUUUUUUUUAAAUAUUUUUUUAAUUUAAAAAUUGUUAGCCAAUAUGCAAUCACUGAAAACUAUGCAAGAAAAUUCCAACCGUCCUGACCUAUUGCCUGCAGGAAACUGAUGAAAAAGUCACUUAUUUUGAGAUCUAACUGUCAUUGGUGGAAGAUGAAGUUUGUAAAUUAAGGGGCUUUGCUUUUCAAACCACAGAAAGGAAAGCCAGAAGGAAAAUAGUAAUGGUGUUUCUAGACUGUGAAGAUUCAGUUCAAAUGUUAUUCUUGUUCCUGUUACAAUAUUUAGCAUUAUUAGUUUGUUAUGUAUGUAUGUAUAUGUUAAUUUUAAUUUCUGAUUAGAAGACAAUGCUGCUUUGGUUAAUCUCUCCUAAGUGAAUUUAGAGAGGUUGACUUUUAUAGCUUGCUUGUUCCUGGUACUCUUUUGAAGUGCACAAAGAUAAGUUAUAGAGCUUUCUCCUUGUCUGCAAAAAGGGUAAUUUUCCAGAUGAUAUUUGUUAGCUAGUAGACAAGGACUUUGCCACGAAUUUGUUAGUAGCAAGGAAUGAUUUCUUCCAACUUCCUUGAAGUGAAUGAUUAGUAAAGUUCUAAGCAGUCAAUGACUAGGAAUUUUGCAUUUUUGUGAAGUCCUAAGUAAUCCUCUUACCCAGAUGCCACCUCCAUGAAUGAUGGUGCUUUAGGCUUCUGGAAUAUGUAAGAAUAGUAAAGGGAACUGCAUACUGGUAAACCAGGGAAGAUUCAGAGCUGCAUCUGCAUCCUCAUGCAUUCCUUUGUAAAGACCACCAGUACUGAAAUAACUGGACACUCAUUGCACCUCCCAGCGUUAAGUAUGUAUAACAGGCCAGUGUUGUCCCUGUGAGCAUGAAUUAAGCUUGGGAUACUUUAAAAUAUAUUCAAGGUGUUGGAACAGGAUAGGCAGCUGUGACUCCCUUGAGGGUCCUUAGAAUUCUAAAUAAAAUGCAGAGCCAUCCUAAGACCCAGGGUCAUGGACAAGGCCUGGUGACACCAAAGGUGCUUAUGUCUCAAUUUUCCACCACCUUUAUUGCAGUUUAAAAAAAAAAAUCACACUAUAGGGACACCUGGUGGAAUUAAAGAGCCACCACCAUCAUUCCAACCACUAUUUCAUUUUCUAUAGUUUUAUCCAUGUGCAAUGUACUCACCUCCAUUCUGUUCCCCUUCCUACUCCUUAGUACUGAAUCCUCUCUUUGGGAUUGAGCACUAUGCCUGGUUAAUCAUUCCUAUUACAAAAAAUAACUCCCAGGGCUAGUUAAAUUGUAAACCAAGACUCGGCAGUCUUACGGUAGCCCAGAGGUGACACACAGCCCUUUUCUUUGUCAUGUGGCCCAGUUGCUGCUGCCAUACCUCCAUCUCUGCACUGGAUGGCAUGGCAGUGGGACUUCACUGCCAGAGGUGAGAGUUCAGCCUGGCUCAUUUUACAAAUCUGUUCCCAGCACUUCCCACCAUCUUUCUAGCCCCAAAUCAGCAGUCACUUGGCAUAUCCCACCCCACCCUACCCCUACCAACCCUCCAUCCCACCAAACACCUCAGUAUACCUCAUUUAAAAGUUGCCAGUCCCUGAUUCUAGGACUUUUUACCCCUAGUUCUUGUCUUUCCAAAAUCUGGAAUCCUUUUAUUGCUCAGAACGGGAUAGCCAAGGCUUAUUUCAUUUUUAUCAUUAAAAUAUCAAGGCAGUCACCAGAGUUUCUCCUUGUGAAUAUAUCACUCUAGCAUUUUAAUGAAAAGGAAAAUAAAGCUCUCUAGGGUACAUUAUAUCAUAGUCAUGGCUCGGUAACUUUACAUCUUUUGUCCUUUCCAUGCCACUGACUCCUUCAUAUGAGAUGAGACGAUUUGCUUGACCACCCUGUAUAUUGUGUAGAAAUCAAAGUUCUUAUCUGUAUAUUUCUGGUUCAAUACCUGUCUUAUUAGCUAUCCUUCCCCACUAAAGUUUGCAAAACAGGAAAUGUUACUAUUUCUGGUAUUUGAUGGCAAUGAUAAGUCUGGUCAUAUUUCAUAGUGCAGCAGCAAUAUGGAGGGUAUUUGCCUUUGUGUUUCUCCUAGGCUCUGUUCUUAAUUAUAGACAGAUGAGCCAGUGUUAAGGUGCUACUUCAGAGAAUAAAUUUCAAGAAACCAGAUAACACUGUGCCAAGGUAUACUUUGUAGAUGCUAAGCACCGAUUGGCCCUCCAGAGAAUGACAGUAUCCCCUUGAUACCUCACUCCUGAUAAAUCUUAUUCAUUAACCUCAGCUUCUCAGGAAUCGUUGUAGUGCAUACGCUAGAAGUAGCUAUAGUGUAUGGUAUCCACUGUAUGUCCAAUCAUAUGGUUUGGCUCAAAGGUUGGCUAAUUGUGGCUAGAGUUCUGUACUAGACUGCUAGCUCAGCACCUUGACAUUCAGAGUUCCUUAUCUCGAGGUAAAGGAAAAUGUUUUCUGCCAUUGCCAGUUUAGCAGUUGGACAUACUUAAGCAACAAACACAGCCAGUAUAGAGAGGUCUGUCAGUAGUCUCAAAUGGCCACAUACCUCAAUGGCAAAAGACUGGAUAGUUUGUGAUUUAAAACUUAAUGAGUUGAGACUAGACUAUUUGGGUAUGAAAAAAGAAAAUUGCCUGAUACAAGGAAAGGGUUUACAAAAGAAUGCCAGAAUGCUUCAAAGAAUUAGGAUUUUCUAGGGAAAAAUAUCUGGUAGACAUCCAGCCAUGAAAGGAGUGAGAGUCUAUAGAUUUGUAAAAAUCUAACUGCUAUAUUUUGCACCUUCAGUUCUUCAAUUUGAAGAAUUUAAAGAAGCUGAAACAGUUAAUGCAUGAUUAGUUAUGUUGGAGGGAAAAAGCAGGGGACUGAUAAUGCAAAAUAAUGGCAACUUUAAAGAUAAUUUCUAAUUGGAUGUUUGAUUAGAAACAUAUUCCAGUGCUCUCCUCUUUCUCUGGCCCCAGCAUCCUGGCUCAGCCCAGCUGUGGAGUAGAGGUGGUAUGAUCCACAAAACAGAUGUCCUCUGGUGGAUAAUCUGACAUUGACGAUACUUUAAAUUUGCCAUCUGGUUGGAGCAAACGAUUAAUUUGCUGAUUGAACUACAAAGCAAUUCAAUUGUUUUGGCACCAAAGGCUGAAUCUAAACCCUUUACAGGAAGAGCAGAGCACAGGAUACAUUUCUCUAGUUGGUCUUCAAUUCUGUUUGAACAUGAGAAUGAUAAAGUAAUGGGGGCUUAGUGUGGUCUAAGGCUAUGAAGUAAUCCAUAACCAAGAUCUUAUGAAUCCAUUCAGGUGUGAGGGGAGCAAAUAUGUUUUCAAAAAUUAGCAUGCAAUAAAGUUCAUUGUGGAAAUUAACCAUUGCUAUAUGUUUUAAGUAGUUCAAUCACCUGUUGAGGUUGGGUCUUGAUUUUGAUUUGUUUUGUUAGAUGAUGAGUAGGAAGGUGUACUUGUUACCCCACACUAUCUUUUGUUUUUGUUUUUUGAAAAAUGAACAGUGUAAUUUUUGAAGUUGAGUUUUUAAUAAUGAUAUUGAAGACAAUGUUGAGAAUUUGAAAUGGCCAGUAUGUUUUAUAUUCCCAAAGUACUUACUGAUAACUGACCACAUUGUAUUGUGAGGAACUGGUUUCCCUUCACUGGAUCAUAGCCAGAUGCAGGCUACUUAUCAUUUCAGAGAAAGCAGGAGAAUGUCUUUUGUGGUAGCAUGUAGGUAUUGAGCUCUUAAAAUCCCUGAGAAAAAUUAGGAAUUUAGAAUGUAAAUGGGAGAUAGAAUAUUGAGUCCUUAAAAAAAAUAGAUGUCUAAAUAUGUGGUCUGAACUUAAGUGUCCUAAAACCUUGAUUUUUUUUAAACCACCUCUGGGAUUGCCUGGGUUCCCGUUGGGGAGGAAAUUGAAAAUUAUGGCUAUGGAAGAUCCCUUGUAAGAAAAUAUACGAAUGGUGUAAGUUGGUGGAAGGAAAGCCAUCCCAUGCCCCCAUGCCACACAUCUUGGCAUUUAUAAACUGCUUGAUCAUGUGCCUUAAGGGGAGAAAAAGUCAAGUAAUCCCCCAAAGGCCAGGAUUUCUAAGCAAACUAGUGGUUAAAAGCAAUGUUCAGCCCAAGGGAAGUCUAGUUUUAUGGAAGGGGCUGACCCAAGAUAUCUGCUCGGGAAGGAAUGUAGCAUCAUCUGUUGCCAUUUCCUAAAUGAUAAGCUUUAGUUAGAUUGCCCUGCAUUGUGAUAGCAAAUUUUUAAAAAUCUAUAUUUUUAGCCUUCUAGUGUGUCCUUAUUAUAUAUUGAAAAUAAAAAGGUGAAAGUUCCUCAGAUCACAGCUGAGGAGCUGUGUAAAUGUGAAGUUCAGUCAGUGUAGUGGACCUGGGGUGAUCACCGAAAUUUGUUGUACUUCAGUUUCAGUUGUUUGCUUCAAGAAGAGAAUUUCUGAGAAUAGUAGGUGCUAGCAACUUUAAGUUAUUCCCCAAAUAUUUUCUGGCCACAUUCUCAUUUCAGAACAUCUGGAUCCAGGCAAAGUUUUGAAUAGAUGUAGGGAACAAAAUUGGUUUUUCCAUGGUAUAGUCAGAUUUUGCCAGAUCGCCCAAGAAAGUAAGUAUAUGAUGUGUGGAGUGAAUGUUUCUUGGAUGGAACCUAUCAGGUUGCCCAGCCCAAUCUUGUAGUCAUAAAUUCCUACCUCUAAGUUCCUGCCAAAGGGUCUUCAGCCUCUGUGUGCACACUUGUUGAGUGAAUGCCUUGCCUAAAGUUUGGCCUUUUGAGGAGAAACAGCAUGUUAUGAUAUAAAAAAUAUGAGGGUUUAACAAGAUCUCUGCCUCUCCUUCCCUCUCCCUCUCCUCCGUCCCACCUCACUCUCUGUCUCUGUCUCUUUCUCUUCCCCUGCCGUGCUCUGGAUUCAGAUUUCUCUCAGUUUUUACAGGCAUAUUGUUUUGACUAUGGACCUCAGGGGAGAGAGGGGAUAGUUCUGAGAACAGAGAAUGAAAGAUCCUUCUGAGUUGAUGGAGCCAACAGGGCUUUGCUCCUCUGGAAGGGCUAAAGCCAGUGCUACUUGUCAGGAAUGUUGAGGGCUUUAGCAUCUCAAGGCAGAUAUAUGAAGUAUUCAUUGCUAAACCUCAUUAUCUACUAGUCUAAAUCUGUUGGAAUUCAAGGGCAGUCUAGGGUUUGGUGACUGAAAUGCCAUCUGACAAGAAGGGGAAGAAUGUGUGGCCUGAGAUGGGAAGGUUCUGACUCAGUGUCAUAUUGGGAGUACCUCAAACUGUAUGGCCCUAGAAAAGCACUCCUUUUCCUUCCUCCACUUUACCUUGUCCCUACUUCUCCCUCCUUUCUCUCCCAUGGUCCUGCCUUUUUAGUACUGGGCUUUUUAUAUAAGUAUAUAUUUAGUUUUUUAUUAUAUAUUUGGUCCUUUGGGACUGUAUAAUGAUUAAGAAUUUAUUCCACUCAAGAAAAAAAUGAUGUUUAAUGUUUUGUUCUCUUAAAAUGUCUUUUGAAGCUAUGCUGCUAACCAGGUACAGGCCAGAAAGAGAGUGGGCCUGACAGCACCUUGGUCACGUCAGCUAAGGGGGACAAUGAUGUCAUGUUGGUAACUUCUUCAUUUGACCAAGGCCAGCCUCCUGCUCUUACCUCUGCCCAUUCAUUUCUGGCUGUGGGAAAACUACCACCUGUUGGGUGAGCCGAUGAGACCAGGAGAUCAGGGGGCCAGUUCUAGCCUAUGGGCCACUAUGUGAAUAUCUCUGUAAUAAGCUUGUUUGCAGGGCCGGCUCCAACUGCAGUAGCCAAAGAAAACUUGUCUGACUCAACAUUUUAAUUCCUGAGAGUUGGUGAAAGUUCAACCGAAGCUAAUGUCUACACAUCGGCAGUAGGUAGGCAUCCAGAAACUAGGUUCAACCAAAGCUAAUAGAGCCCAAGUUUCCACAGGAAGCUUGGUGCUGAGCUGUUCAGAGCACAUCUGAGUGUUGUCAGCCCUUAGCUGUGCUUCCUUAGCUUUAAUUCUCGCCUCUUCCUAGGCACAGCCUGAACCAGAGCUGUGGCUCACUGCUCACUUUGCUCUGCUCCCUGGUGGUGCGGAGCAACAUAGUCUAAAAAAGGUAGACGUGGACUGGGAGUUCGGAGACCUGGUUUCUAUUCCCUAUGCUUCUACUAACUAGCCUUGAGAUCUUAACCGCUCUGUGCCUCAGUGUUCCCAUCUGCAAAUGGGGAUAGUGUUAAUUGCCCUACCUACCUCACAGGGUUGUUGUGAGGAUAAACUGAGACAAUGAAUGGAAAGUACUUUGACAAGUAAGUGCUAUGCAAAUUGUAAGAAAUGGAAACAAUCGUGUUAAAGGCAACAGAAUGGACAAUGGCAGAAGGGUUAAUGGGAUCAUCCAGCCCUUUCUCUGUGUGGCUUAAACCCAGGUUGCCAUUGCUUUAUACAUUUUCACUUAGCACAGAUUUGUAAUUAUGCAUGUAAUAAAGCACAGCUUUAUCCAA